GAAAAUUGCAAAAUCAUGGGAGAACCGAAAGUAAUUUCUGAUGCGGUUGGAUUUAAGAAAGCUGUAAAAGAUACAGGAAGUAAUCUGUGUGUAGUACAUUUCUCAGCGACAUGGGCGCCACAAUGUGCUCAGAUGAACGAUGUCGUCAAUGAACUGGCCAAAGACUCGCAAUUUUCAAGCACGCAUUUCUUUACACUUGAGGCAGAAGAUGUGCCAGAAAUAUCGGAGGAAUUUAGUAUCUCCGCAGUCCCAACAUUUAUAUUCAUAAAGAAUGGUAACACUAUAGGCAGACUUGACGGGGCAAAUGCUGCGGAAUUGACGAAGAAAGUUAAAUUGUUGUCAUCGGAAAGUACAGUCAGUAUACCAGAUAUACCGAAUCCUCCAAAACAGGAUUUAAACACAAGACUGAAACAAUUAAUCAAUUCUGAAGAUGUUAUGUUGUUCAUGAAAGGAAAUCCAGAGCAACCAAAAUGCGGAUUCAGCCGCCAGAUUGUACAGAUAUUAAAUGAUGCAAAAGUAAAAUUUGGCUCAUUUGACAUCCUACAGGAUGAAGAGGUCAGACAAGGUUUGAAGACAUUCUCAAACUGGCCUACCUAUCCACAGUUAUAUGCUAAGGGAGAGUUACUUGGAGGUUUAGAUAUUGUGAAAGAGCUGGCAGAAUCAGGGGAACUAGAGUCACAACUUCCAACACAAACCUCCAUAGAAGACAGGUUAAAAGGUCUGAUAAAUACAUCACCAGUGAUGUUGUUUAUGAAGGGAGAUCGUGAAAUGCCGAGGUGUGGAUUCAGCAAGCAGGCUAUUGCCAUGUUAAACGAUUCUAGUGUGGAGUAUAAAACAUUUGAUAUUCUUUCUGAUGAAGAUGUGAGGCAGAAUCUUAAAAAAUACUCCAACUGGCCAACAUAUCCUCAGUUAUAUGUGAAAGGUGAACUAGUGGGUGGCCUUGACAUAAUGAAGGAACUCAACGACUCUGGAGAGCUGGGGACAAUUCUGAAGGAAGGAUAGACUAGUUUUUUCGUGAUAUUCAGACUUAAGUUAUAGCAGAACAUCUAUAUAUCAACUUUUCUGUGUCUUUUUUUAAACCCUUACCCUAAAUAUCCUAAAUGGACUGAUCCAUCUAUCAAUUUGGGCAAAACCAUUCAUCAUUUUAAGGGAAAAUUUUCAAAAUAAGUACAAACUAAAAAGCGAACAGUGCAGACUAUAUAUCAGAU